UUUACAAGAACAAGAACGAGUGUUUAUGUACUAACGUCAGUCUAUAACCAGGUGUACAAGAGGUCAGGUCAUGCGCACAUUGAUUCUCUUAAUUUCGCUGUCAAUGAUGGCGUGGGUCGGCAGCUGUUCACCGACAGAUCGCGAUGACAAUGGUUUUAAAUCUUUAGAUCAGCGUUUGCUCGUCCGAAGAUCUUCACAUGCACAAGAUGUAAAGGGAAGGAAGACACCAUCUCAUCAUAAUCCUCAAGCGACAACAAAGUCUCGUCCAGAGUUAAAUCUGCGUAAAGGGGAGUACAUGUGCUCAGGGCGAGUCUGCAAACUGAGGCCAGGGGAGAUACCGCCCGGUUGCAAUGGCGUCUGUCAAUAUCCCGUCUUAUAGUAGUUCUAAGAGUUUUUACUAUAAUAUUUGAAUGAUUUGAUUAAUAAAAAUGUGCCCGCAAUGUCAAUAUUGCGGUAUAGUUUUUUAUUAAGUUUAAAGUUAUAUUUGUGAAGGUAAAAAAAAUUAUAAAUAAACUUGACAAAAUAACACUAGAUAAUGUAAAAAAUCGACCCCAAAUCGCUCGGGUAGGGUGCCCAAGAGGCUGGCGGCAUUUCCCCGUUGAAUGGCCAGGCUCAACCUUUGUCUGAAAUGUGCGCCAGCCCUUGGCUCCUCUGAGGUGUGCGGAAAGCUCCUUAAACAGCUGACGGGCUUCCGCACCCCAAGGCCUCCACGGCAAAAGGCGCAAAUGUUUACGGGACUCCCAAGACCGCAUAUUAACGCCUUUUAUUGGUUUUGGCUUUGCCAGCGGUCGCUCUCACGUGGAAUGGGGCACAGUGUCCACGCAUGUGGCAUCUCACACUAGUGACCGCCCGUUUUUCCACGGGAUGAGCGUCAUACCAUCGGGCCUCUUGCCAUUGUCUUUUUUUUUAAAUUAUUUGUGAAAGGCAAAAUAAAAAAAUACAA